UGGGAAAUUGCCAGAAUAGCUACUGAGGAGAUGUAACAACUUUUUGUAUGUCAGAGGGUGGAAUAUUUGAAGGACAACAUCCACUUCCUGAGAGGAAUGAAGAAGAGGCAAGAUUAGUAGCUGCGAUAAGUAUUCAGGCCACUUGGAGAGGACAUGCUGCGAGAGAGAGGGUGAAGCGGAUGAGUUUAGCAAAAGGAGGAAGUUCUAGGUAUUUUACAGCUGAAGAAGCAAAUGAGACUAUUAGGAGAGAUAAAAUUUUUGACCUUGAUCAGACCAGAAUCACGAGAAAGCAUUCAUACCAAAAUCAUACCUCCUCAUCUAACACCACUCACCCCAACUCUGCUAAUCCUUCGUCCAAACCUACAUCCCUUAAAUCUGGUUCUACCUACGACGGUGAAUGGAAAGGAGGCUUCAGAGACGGCCAUGGCAUUCAAACAUGGGCAGAUGGAGCGACCUACGAGGGAUCUUGGAGGUUUAAUAAAGCUGAAGGAGAAGGUAAAUUUACUCAUGCUGAUGGAGUCGUUUAUGAAGGAAACUGGGCGUAUAACCAAGCCAAUGGAGUUGGACUAUACACUCAUAGCAACAAUGCUACUUAUAAAGGAGAAUGGAAAAAUGAUCUCCAGCACGGUAAAGGCAUCGAGAAAUGGCCAGACGGCUCAGAAUACGAUGGGUAUUAUAGAAAAGGCAAGAAGCAAGGAUAUGGCUUCUAUAGAUGGAAUGACGGCAGUCAGUUUGAAGGAGAAUGGGCUGAAAAUGAGAUUUCAGGGGUAGGAACUUAUACGUGGAUUGAUGGCAGGAAGUAUGAAGGAGAGUGGAGGAGGAGCAAGAUGGAAGGAUAUGGAAUUUACUCUUGGAAGGACGGCAGAGAAUAUCAAGGACAGUAUAAAGACGAUAAGAAACAAGGCUUUGGAAUAUAUAAGUGGGUUGAUGGAAGAAAGUAUGAAGGAUCUUGGGCUUUAGGUAAACAGCAUGGUCUUGGUCGCUACCUAGUACCUCAGGAAGGAGUCGAAAAGUAUGGCCUAUGGGAAAACGGAAAGAGAAUCAAAUGGUUCGAUGAACAGGCUGUGCAAGACAUUAUUAAUGGAGAAAUUCACUGGCAUGGCUUGUUUAAUACCCCAGAAGCUGCAGAAUAUGCUUCUAAAAAAGCUAGUUUCGAUAAACCAAAAGGAUUCGAUGCGAGAAUAACUCAUAUUAUUGAAAAGAUCAAAAACAACGAAAAAUACUAA